GUCCCAGCGCGGCUUUGGUGCAGUCCCGCCCACUCCCGCAAUAGCCCCGCCCACCCAGGGGGGGACCGGCAUGGCCCCGCCCCCGCCCUGCCUCCGGCCCCGCCCACCGCCUUCCUUCCGGGCUGCACUGCGCGGCGGGGGCGGGGCCGGCAUCACCCGGAAUGAAAACAAACGGCGGCCCAGUCGCAUCCGGGCACUCGGCGGGUCGCAGCGGACGCAGCGGCGGCCGAGCCGGUGGCGCAGGAUGGCACAAAAGAAAUAUCUUCAAGCAAAAUUGACCCAGUUUUUAAGGGAAGACAAGAUUCAACUUUGGAAACCUCCAUAUACAGAAGAAAAUAAAGAAGUUGGUUUGGCAUUAAAGGACCUUGCUAAUAGAUAUUCUAACAAGCUAGGAUGCUGUGAAAGUGAAGUAGAAAAGAUAAUAGAAGAAAUACGUUGCAAAGCAAUUGAACGAGGAACAGGAAAUGAAAAUUACAAAACAACUGGAAUUGCUACGAUUGAGGUGUUUUUGCCUUCAAGACUAAAAAAAGACAAGAAAAAUGUGCUGGAGACCCGACUGCACAUCAGUGGCAGAGACCUGCGGUCUAAAAUAGCUGAAACUUUUGGAUUUCAAGAAAAUUACAUCAAGAUUGUCAUAAAUAAGAAACUGCUUCAACUAGGGAAGAGCCUGGAAGAGCAAGGGGUGACUCACAACGUGAAGGCGAUGGUGCUGGAGCUCCGGCAGUCGGAGGAGGAGGUGCGGAAGACCUCCCAGGAGGAGGAGGAGAGGCAGAACGAGGCCGAGCUGAAGGAGAAGCGCAUUCAGAGGACGAAGAAGGGGCUGGAGAUCCUGGCAAAGAGGGCCGAGAUGGUGGUGGACCCCGAAACCACACCCUACCUGGACAUCGCGAACCAGACCGGCAGGUCCAUCCGCAUCCCCCCGACACAGAAGAAGGCCCUCAUGUUGGCUAUGGGCUAUCACGAGAAGGGCAGAGCCUUCCUCAAAAGAAGAGAGUACGGGAUCGCCUUGCCGUGCCUGCUGGACGCCGACAGAUACUUCUGUGAGUGCGGCCGAGAGCUGCUGGACAUCGUGGACAACUACGCUGUGCUCCAGCUGGACAUCGUGUGGUGCUACUUCCGCCUGGAGCAGCUGGAAUGCCUUGACGAUGCAGAAAAGAAGCUCAGCCUGGCCCAGAAAUGCUUGAAAAAUUGUUACGGAGAAAAUCAUCAGCGGCUGGUCCACAUAAAGGGAAACUGUGGGAAAGAGAAGGUGUUGUUUUUAAGACUUUACUUGCUUCAGGGGAUCCGAAACUACCACAGUGGGAAUGGAGAAGAGGCCCGUGAGUAUCUCAAUAAGGCACGGCUGCUCUUCAAGGAGCUGCACAUCGACCCCUCGAAAGUGCACAGCCUGAUGCAGCUGGGGUUCACCCCCCAGGAGGCCCGGCUGGCCCUGCGCGCCUGCGACGGCAACGUGGACCACGCGGCCAUUCACAUCUCCAACCGCAGAGAGGAGCUGGCGCAGAUCCGGCGAGAGGAGAAGGAGAAGAAGCGGCACCGCCUGGAGAACAUCAACUCCCUGAAAGGCAUGGGCUACUCUGCGCGUGCCGCCAAGCAGGCCCUGCAUCAGGCCGGCGGGGACCUGGACGGAGCCCUGAAGAUCCUCCUCGGGAACCCUCACAUGUGGUGGCUGAACGACUCGGCCCCUGAUCCCAGCAGCCGCCGAGAGAGCCCUUCCCAGGAGGGCAUUGACCAGCUGGUGUACAUGGGCUUCGACCCGGCAGUGGCCGAAGCUGCGCUGAGGGUGUUCAGGGGCAACGUCCAGCUGGCGGCACAGACCCUCGCGCACCACGGCGGCAGCCUCCCUCCCGACCUGCAGCUGUCGGAGGAAGACUCCUCGUCCACGCCAUCCACGUCCCCUUCGGACUCCGCAGGAACCUCCAGUGCCUCCACAGACGAGGACAUGGAGACCGAGGCUGUGAACGAGGUCCUGGAGGACAUCCCCGAGCACGAGGAAGAUUAUCUCGACUCCACUCUGGAAGACGAGGAGAUUAUUAUUGCAGAGUACUUGUCCUAUGUAGAAAAUAUAAAGUCAGCAACCAACUAAGCCGACAGAAAUGAGUGCAUUUCUGCGUAUAAAUUCUGUCAUUGCAAAAAGCCCAGCGCGGGUCCUUCGUUCUUGCUGUCCUCUGACGCUGCUCCGGAGCGCUUCCUCCUCGUGGUAGGAAAGGCCAAGGCGGCCCCGCGGGCUCUGCCCUGCCCGUCCCCGUCUGUCUGCAGCGCGGCGCCCCCUCUCUGCCUCCCCGCUUGGAUUCUCCCCAGCAGUGGGGAGCUGGCGCCUGUGUUCCUGAGAACGUGGCCGUGGGAGAGGCCUCCAGGGCGUGGGUGUGCACGGGGCACGCAGGCCUGGCCGCUGCCCUUCCUGUCACCCAGCCUUGCACACAGCUGCCUUCCCCACCUGCUGCUGUGAGCCUGUCCGCUGGAGCCCCCACCCCCGGCCCCCACAGUCGUCCCCUGGGUCCUCGCUCCAGCUGCCGCGCGGCCUAGACGCGGCCCAGGCCUGUGUCCGGAGACGCUGACGCUCCCUGUAGCUCAGAGCGAUGUGCGCUUGAAAUUCAAGGCUGGCGCUGACUUCUUGUGCGUCCGGAAUGCCUCAGUCUUUUAUUAAAUGCGAAAGUUUUAAAUGCUAAGCAAAGAACGUAUAACUUUGAAUUAACAUUUUUAGACCCUGCUAUCAUAGGAACGCACUUCUGAGACCUCUCAGGCGUAGAAAUGUUUUUUCUUGCUGUGGGGGGGCGGGGAUUUCUGUGACAGAAGACGAUCCCCAAGGGAUGUGGUCACUUUGUGCCGCUCAGGUGACUUCUCUGGGACGCACGACUGGCCAGCACCCAGGGCACAGCUGGCAGCAGCCUCGUGCGGAGGGGACCAAGUACCGCGUGUCCCUGAGACCCUUGCUUUCCGGGGCCCCGGGGAGCGCCUCAGGUCGAAGGCAGGAUGGCUGUGCCCGUCCGGAGCCCACCGGCGAUGCCGCGGUGUUUGCAGAGCGAACAGCAGCGCAGACAGGACAUCUGGGCAGGAGCCCUCGCCAGUGCUUCAAAGCGGGUGAUGCCGCUGGAAAUAAAAACUGUUUGACGGUA